CUUCCUCUUCUUCUUUGGUGCUUUAAUAGCAGGUCGUGUACUGCGGCGCCACCUGCUGUUUGGGAAUGUGUAGUCUCCUGAGAAAGAAAACAAACGCCAGCACUGCCGUGCUGACAAAAAUAUAGAUGUUAUCGGGGCUCGUCGCAAUGAUAUCGGACCGAUAAGAAUGACGUAAUAAUUUCCUGCUAUCAGCCCGAUAGUUAUCGUGCACCCCUAGUUGUAACCAUUAAUGCUCUGAAUAAUGAUUAUUUAUUGAAGAGGAUGGAUUAUUGUUUUUAAAUCCUUUGAUCAAUCACCCAAUGAUAGAGAGAAACAUUUUUCUAACAACAGUUUCCUGAAAUAACUACUUGGCCUGUGAGCAGUUCUGAUGGUCAAAAUUAACUUGUAGCGCAUCAAGGGACUGAUUCUUCUCAUCUGUUGUUUAUGUAUUUUUUAAUUACUGUCCCUAACACACAAAGCUACCAGGGAUGAUUGAUGUAAAAUGUUUCCAUGAUGACAAAAUGAUCUAAUAAUCUCUUACAUUAUAAACAGUAACAACAUAUUUGCUAUACAAAGUUAUUAUUUGCAAAUAAAACUAUGACAGUUGGCAGCAGGUGUAAGGUACUGACCUUUUUUUCCUUUUUUACAGACAACAAAAUCUGCUCCCCACUUCUGCUCUUGAAGCUGUAACAAUGGCAUUGAGCAAAUCAUCUGGAUUCGACCACAUCUCCAAACGUCUGAUUCGUUCAGGAUCUCCUACAGUCUACCAGCUGAACACAAAGAAAGAGAAUAUUGGAACUCUGACAAGAAUUACUUUUGGUAAAAAAGACCCAAACAAGGAAAACAAAACCAUCUUGCUUGUUGGUGAGACAAAAACAGGAAAGUCAACUUUGAUCAACACUUUUGUGAACUACGCCAUGGGAGUGGAGUGGGAGGAUGAUGUCUGGUUCAACAUCGUAGAGAAGGUUGAUGAAGAAAGUGAAUCAGAAACCGAGACAUCUGAUGUGAUUGUAUAUGAGAUCUUUGGUUUUGAAGACAAACCUCUGCCCUACUCUCUGACCAUCAUUGACACUCCUGGAUAUGGAAACACCAGAGGGACUGAACAAGACCACAUCAUCAGUCAAAGACUGCUAGACCUGUUCCGCUCAGAGGACGGAGUUCAUGAGAUUAAUGUGGUGGGUCUGGUGCUGAAAGCUACUGAGAAUCGACUGAACGACCAACUGAGGUACAUCUUUGAUUCAGCGGUGUCUCUGUUUGGAAAAGACAUGGAGAACAAGAUCGUUGCCAUCCUCACACACUCCACUGGUGUGUCACCUGAAAAUGCUCUCACGGCUCUCAAGGCUGCAAACAUCAGGUGUGCUAAAGAUGCUGACAAACAACCGGUGCACUUCCUGUUUAAUAACUGUCAGCAAGAAGACCGAACAGAGGGCAAAGAAGUCCUGAUUCAGCGCAAUAAGAUUACAAAAACGGGAUGGAGCAAGUUCUCAGAAUUUCUGGAUCAAACUGAACCCCAGAAGCUGGAGACAACAGUGACUGUUCUGAACGAACGCAUCAGACUCAAAGCCUGCAUCCAGAACCUCCAAGAGAGAGUCGAGUUGAUUGAAAAACAACAGAAAGAAAUCCAACAGACUGAGGAAAUGCUGAAGAAACAUGAGCAAAAAAUGAGGAGCAACGAGAACUUCACCGUAGAAGUUGACGAGGUCUACAAAGAGAAACAACCCUUUAAAGGUGGAAUGUGGCUCGUGGUGUUUUAUGAAGGAGCUGUGUGCUGUACUAAAUGUGAGGAAAACUGCCAUUACCCUGGAUGUACAAUGGCCUGGUAUCCCAGGGACUGUGAGGUCAUGAGAAGAGGCCGAUGUACUUCAUGCAGAGGGAAAUGUCCUGUGUCUGAUCAUGUGAAAGAAGAGAAGAUCUACAUGACCAAGACAAGAAAAGUUCAGCAGACCCUUCAAGAAGUGAAAGAGAAGUAUGACAGGAGUAAAGCAGACUGUGAGAAGACUACCAGCCUUCUGGAGGAUCUGGAGAGGAAAAAGCAAGAACUUCAGAGAGACAAAGAUCAGUGGCUGGAGGAGUCUUUUAAGCAUGUUGUCAAUCUGGAGCAGAUCGCUCUGAAUGUGGAUUCACUGUCCACUCACAUCUAUCUGGACUUCCUGAUUAAGAAGAUGAAGGAGAGAGGAGACACAGAGAAGGUCCAGAAACUGGAGCAGAUGAAGGCUCGACUGGAUAAAGGAGCCAGAGCAGGCUUGCAAUACAUGUUUGGUAGAGUGAGAGCAGGUGUCACAUUUAACUACUGAUAGAUAUUUCAUGGUCCAAUGAACACUGGGCAUGCAUGAGAUCUGUGAUACGUGGUAACGUUGUCCAAUAUUGAGAGAAAAUAUGACUGAAGAUUGUCUAGAAGCCUUAUUAUCAUGCCACUGGGUUUCUGUUUUUUUCCCAUGUUCAAGAGACAAACCCUUCACAGCACACCAGUUUCAAAUAUGCAUGUUUCUGUGAUCAACGUCUGAGCAGUCUUUUACCAUGUGUUCACUACUGUGUUAUCUGUACACUGAUGAGUCUUUCUUUGGUCUUGGACAUUCAUAAAACACUGAUCUGCAAAGAUCUGCCUCAUUACAACUCAGCUUGUGGUUUUCCUUCUGAUGGUGUGGUUUAUGGGAGGCAGCUGUUUUUAUUUCUUCUUUAUCUGCAUAUUACCGUGUUUGAUCAAAGCUUUCAUGGUGUUUUUGUGUUGGCAGUGGUGGAAAUGGACAUUUUCAUUUCAUUAGAUCUCACACACUCAUGGAAGCGCCCCCUGGUGGUUAAGAACGGCGUCCUACUGCUGUACAGUAAAGAGGAACUCAGUUGCCACUUACCUUGUUUUAGUCAGCUCUAUUUACCAAAUCUUUAACUGGCUGAAGUACAGGAGGAGGAGGCACGCCUGGUUAAACUCCUACAGAACACCACCAGAGAAAGAAAACCUGGGAGGAGCAAAUAAAGGGUUAAUACUGUUAGACAGUCCGCUGCUCCUUUAGGGAAUGAUACAGGACUAGUUAGCAGACUUCUACUAAUCCUGACAUCAAAUAUGAUUCAAAUAUGAAUGCCAUUAUCUAAUACUACAGCACCAGAACGCUGACAGCUGACAGUGAUCCUCAGAAUAACAUUAAUGAUGUUCACUAAUAAGCACUCACCUGUGCUUUAAUGAUAAAGAAUUUCUGUCUCUCCUCUUCUCCCUCCAACAGCAGCAUUAUUCACCCAAACACUUUGUUCAUACAUCAAACCAUCCUUAUUUUUGUAGACCAGGUGCAGGCGUGGCGCACCUGCCCAGCGCCAACGGGGUGUGUCCAGGGCAUUUUGCAAUUUUCGUCCACGCCUCCGUCCCUCCCACCGGCACAAGUGGCAGAGAGGGAGGAGAGAAGGCGUGAGUGGGUUUAACACAGCCGAGUGUAACCUCCACCAAUCAAAUGAACGCCUCUCCUCGCCUUUAAAUGCGCUGCGGGCAAGGCGCAGUGCCAAUUUCACCUCGCCACCACCAUGGACGAAGACAGCAGCAGCAGCUCCAGGCAGUCAAACUCCUCCCAGGAGGAAACUGAUGUGCUGGUCCAGGAGGUCCAAGCUGGCAGUACCAGAAUAUAUGGUAAUGCUAACAGACCUCCUGGGCUGAUGAUGCAGAAACUGCCUGGGAGGAAGUUACUAAUAUUGUCAAUCAAGUUUGCCCAGAUAUUCUGAGAACCGCUGCCCAAUGUAAAAAACGGUUCAAUGAUGUAAGAAGGGCCAAAAAAUAAAAGCUGUCAGAGCAAAGAAGGCACACAGUGGCCACCGGGCUGCGCAUCAGAGGCCACGAUGCACGUCACUGUGUGGACCACCAUGUGGGACAGAUGUAAUCUGUUCCUGUGUCAUGAAUAGGAGUACAAAAUGAAGUGACAAUCACAUUAAACACAGCAGCAGGCUAAUCCAGGCAUCAUGCUUGUGAUCCACCUGCAUUCCUGCUCUG